ACUACCUCUUGUUGGCCAUCUUUAGCUAGCUUAAAAGCAGGUUCCGGCCAGAGGACAAGCCGAGAGGACCGAGGGGACCAACCAGCGCCAUCGUUCCUCGAAGCGGCCGGCGCACGACCGCCCGUGAAUGCCGUCGUCGCUGACACCACCGUCAGGCGGGAGGAGGACGACGACGGCUCACCUCGCCCCCGGCUGGCGCAAGUACCAUGAUGACCCAAGCACGCCGAGGGGCUUCUGCGCCAAGUACUUCUCCGUGGAGUCGUGCCUCCUGCUCGCCCUCAUCACCGUGCUGCUGCUGGUGCUCCCGCUCGUCCUGCCGCCGCUCCCGCCGCCGCCGCUGGCGGUGCUGCUCCUGCCGGUGGCGCUGCUGGGGGUGCUGCUGGCGCUGGCGCUCAUGCCGGCAGCCGGUGGCCGGAACGAGGUCGUGGACCCGGCGUCCUACUUAUGAUCUUGUAGAUUGAUGUGAAUUAAUUACAAGAAAAGUUUUGGGGGAGGUUUUGAUUCGACGUUGUAUCGAUUUCAAACGCAUAUAGAGGAUGUUCUUUUGUUAGUUUUCUCUUGGUUAGAUGUUUGUAUAUAGUCUCCCUCUAUGUUUGUCUGGAAUUCUGUUUUAUUUUUUACUUGACA